AUGGCAGCCCAGAAGCGUAUCUCCAAGGAACUCGGCGAUCUUACGAAGUCAGCGCCGUCCGGUGUCGCUGUUAGCCUUGUCGACGAGGCUAAUCUCUUCACAUGGUCCGUCACAAUGGAAGGCCCCGCCGGAUCACCAUAUGCUGGCGGCACCUUUUCCCUUCGCCUCGAACUUCCACCCGACUAUCCGUUCAAGCCACCAACCGUCCGCUUCACAACCAAAGUCUACCACCCCAACAUCUCCAACGAUAGUCCACCCAACUCCGGAACGAUGUGUCUCGGCAUGCUCAAGGCUGACCAAUGGAAGCCAUCGACAAAACUCACGGCUGUCCUCGAGUUCACCCGACAACUACUCAAGGAGCCCAAUCCCGACGACGCCGUCGAAGCCAAGAUUGCAGAGGUGUACAGAACGGAUCGAGCAGCUUUCGAGAAAGAGGCUAAGGACUGGACGAAGCGUUAUGCCACCGGACAGGGGAAGAAAUAG